AUGAUGAGCUGCACGGAUUUUUACGAUAUCUUCGACACCCUCGAAUGGCUCCGUAACUUGAAAAGUACAGUUAACGACUUCAAAAAUGAAGUAUGUGCUUUUUUUCUUGCCAUUUUUUAGAUACAUGAAAGAAUAGCUCUGAGAAAUAGCGGCCGUUUUUUCAAGCUUUUGAGAACGACUCAUUUUCCGAUGGCUAUGUAUUGCGAACUAUUCUGUCAUAUAUAGUCAAUUUUUCCCGACUUGAAAGGCGAGGGAGGCGGGGCAAAGUGCGGGACGCGUAGCGUGUGCGUACGCGGUUCUUGGCGUCAGUUCAGUUCAAUCGCAGUCGACAAAUUAAAAAGCUCGACAAUCGCUCUUUUUCUGUGGUUCCUACUAUUUUUUGAUGCACACUUGAACAUAAUUAAUAAAUAAUUAAAAAAGAAGUUAAAAGAACGAUAAGUGAGCUCUCUGACUGCUUGCUGGCGGUUGAAAUGCACACGUGCCAAGAACGGCCUACGCACACGCUACGCGUCCCGCCCCUUGCCCCGCCUCCCUCCUCUUUCAAGUCGGGAAACAUUGACGAUACUUUAAAAUUUUAUAGUGCUUUCUAUAGGGGUAAAGGCGAAAAACAGCCUAUAUCGAAAAAAGUGGUCCCGAUAUGGGUAAAAUUAAGGUGGUUCCUAUAGCGGUUUUUGUGUCUAUUCGCUUGGUAGCAUGCCUCUAAAGGGACCACUUUUGCAAGCCUUAGUGGCCCCUGGAGGGGUUUGUAAGGUAGUCCUUAGAAGGGGCCCUCUAAUGGCUCUAAGGUUACCCUAUAGGGACCACUUUGGAGUUUCAAAGUACAGUACGCGUAUAAGGUCCCCCAUACGUUAAGAGAGGGAGAAUGUCUUGCCCCUAUAGGGACCACUCUGGAACUCCGAAGGUAUCUCAGUUUGAGGCUAGAGGGAAGGUGUUGAGAGAGGGCUGGUGAGGUCGUUGGUGCCAUUUUUAUAGGAGGCUAGGUGGAGGCGGAGUUUCUGUCCGCGGAAUGGCCCCAGAGGUUGCCCCUUAUAGAAACCCCCACGACACUUUUUAAUGCUUUGUCUAAAGGGGGGUAGACGUUUCUAUAGAGGUCCCUCAUAGGGCCCCUAUGAAACCCCCUAUAGGAACCUCUCAAAAGUUUCUCAGCUCAACGAUCGUACGCUUUUUUUUGAAUAAACGAAGAUUAUGAUUUACAGUACAAGGAAGUGGGGAUCGCGCUCCGAAUGUGCCCCCUCGAGAAUAGGGUAUGUUUCAUCGAAUGAGGUCAUUUAAAUAUAUAUUUUUUUCAGAGAAAGAAGUCUUCUGAGAGAGUCAGCCAACAGAUAAAAAAAUUGACGAGCGUAAGUUCAUUUUCUUCAGCUAGGGAGCGCAAACCCCUUCACGCCACCAAAAUGACGAUUUUUUUUUGUUGCAAAAACGGUUUUGAGGCGUUCGUACCACCUGAAGUUCCGCCUUGAAAAUCCACUGUUUUGAUGAACUGAAGGAGAAAAAAUAACUUUUAAUUGAAUGAAAUUUCGGGAGAGACGGUAGCGAGAACACGCGACGCAUCGGGGUUAACCGCGUUGCGUUAGAAGGUACUCGCGUGGGCGCGAUUUUUGAACGCCCAUUUUUUUCGCCUGCUUUCACCUGUUUUUAAACACUGUGAUACGUGUACUUUGAACGCGGCAUGUGCGAGAGCGCCGCAGUGCAUGCACACGACACACUAAACUUUACGAAGAAAAUAUGAGAAAGAGUCGUCAAAAAAACGCCGUGUUUAAUUAAACCAUUCCGUCCAAACUUCCUCAAAUGAUAUUUAUUAUGGCGUGUUCAUUCGAGAAACGGAACAUGCUUCAUCAAAACGAAAAAUCGUAUUCAUUGGCGCGCCAAAGUUGCUUCAAAACAGUACUAAUUUUUGUUUUGAAGCAAUUUUUUUUUGCGUUUCGGAACAAUUUUUGUUUUGUCCGAUGAACACGCCAUUAUAUUUGUAGGCCUAAUUACUUGUUUCUUUCAUCUUUUCGGAGUUAAAAUCAACAAUCUUGGCUUUCAGGGCUUGCUCAUUUUUCACGUUCUAGAGAAAUACGAGGAAGCCAAGAAAAUCCUUGAAGCGUUCAUUGCAACGGUUUGUGACAGUUUAUCCGUGAAAUAAUCUUGAAGUCUCAUUUACAGAGCGAGGAGAAUGAAGUCAUUUCCGAUUUAAAGGUAACUUUCAUUGAAAGAAAACGCUUGUAAAAAUGACACAUGUUUUUGAAUAGGACAUCGUUUCAAAUAAAAUGUCUUUUUGAAAAAAAUAUUUCAUUGGUUACUUUAAAUUUUUUUCUCCAGCUCCAUUUAAACAACCGGUGGUGAGUCAAUUAUUAGAUGAGGUAUAGUAGUAAUAAGUUUGAAACUAUAGAAGUUUGUCAAAAGAUUAAAGAUAGUAAACAAGUGAGUUUCAGAUGAAAGCCGCCGAAAUUAUGAGGACGAUCGAAAAUUUUUACACGAUCUGGAGAGUAAGUUUAUUACCAAGAAAAGAAAAAGAAAUGGACGCUGCUUAAGAAAUUAUUUUCUGAAGGAUCAAUGAAGGAUCUGCAGAGUGGUCCCUCUUAGGACAACCUGAGGGACCCUUGAUGGGUCCCUUCUAGGAGCACUUUACCAAGCCCUAGAGGGGCUGCUGAAGCUUGCAAAGGUGGUCGUUAUAGCGGUUUUGGUUAGUGGUCCCUAUGGCUUUAUUGAAUAAACGUUUUUGGAAUUGAAAGACCCCAAAAGGGACCACUAAAGCUUGCAAAAGUUAGUGGCCCUCUCGGGGACAUGCUAGUCGAUAAUCGCUUUUUGAAAUAGAAAGGGAGGGUCCGCCGAGUUGGUUAGUAUGUUGCGAAUCCAGAGACUGGAAAAAGUUCUGAAAUCGAUAAUAGAAAUCAGCUUUGAACUUUCAGAAUAGCCCGAAGAGCGACCAAAUCUUCGAAGAACUGGAGGUAAGUCUAUUCCAUUCGCUUUUCAAUUCUAGUCGAAUCAGGAACUUUUUUUUUCGACAUUCACUGUGAAAAGUGAGUAGGUCUUUCAAAAAUAUCUAGAAAAUGACUGCUUUUCCUUUAAUACGGGAAGGGCAAAAGGUCGAGGUAUUAGAAUUCAAUGAAAGCCGGUAUGUAGGUACUUUUGGACAUUUCGAAUUCAAAGAAAUUGGAUAAAGUGCGCCUUUUUGUUUCUAGUCAAGUUCAAUCAAAUCAAAUCAUUUAUUUUGUUGUUUUAGUCUGAUGUAAUCGACUAGGCGGUGAACAAGAACUUCAAAAUCUAUAACGAACAACCGCCUUUGGCGAGCUAGAAGUCCAAACGUGUAGUCGGAAGAGUUGAAAGCAUGGUCUUACGGUCCUUCGCCUCGUCCUUCUGCGCGUAGUUCAUCCAGUUGCGCCUUGACGAGCUCAAAAUGUAGUGGAUGGUGUAGCUGGAGCCCGUAGACCGUGCUCUAGGUGGAAGCCUCAGAAUGAGAGCUACCACUUCGAGUGAAGAUUUUACACGGAAAGUUAUGGCGGCUUUUUUCAGAGAAAUCUUUUUCGUGCAAAAGGAGAGGCUGCACAACCACAAAAUUCAAAUGGCAAAAAUAAUUUAUUAUCGACGGGGCGACUUAACCUAUUCCUAUGGGGCGCAAAUAAGGUGCGGGAUGUAAGCUAAUACGCUAGCUGCAGUUCCUAUUUAAAUUCAACGGAUCUACUAAAUAAAAAAAGACCGAAAAUUUCAAGACCGCAUCCCAAAUAGGGUUUGCUCGGAGCAUUAUUUCUGCCGAAUUCCGAUGCAUUUUUUGCGUGCAACCUUUGAGCCGCCAUAUCUCGACUAGAACAAAAAAGACGCAUUGUUUCUGAAUUUUUUUGGAUUCAUGAUGUCCAAAAGUACCUAUAUACCAAAUCUCAUUAAACUCCAAUACCUCGACCUUUUGCACUUCCCGUGUAAGUUUCAAAGCUUAGUCCAUCUUUUUCGCCUUUUUUUUUUAAAAAUCAAAUACCCAUUUAAAGCCAAAUGAACCUUUUCCAACUUAUUUUUUGUCGCAGCCUGAAAAAAAUAUUUUUCAAACUUUGGCCAAAAUCUUCGAAAAAGGUUUUUUUUCAGAACAGGAAGAAACUGAUGGAGGUGAUUGUAGAGCAGCUGUUGCCCGUUUUCGAAAGCGUCGUAAAGGAAAAAUAUUCUGGUGAGAAUAUUUUGGAGAAGAUUUCUAAUGUCUCAAUUGCUUAGAAGAAGUUGCCACGUAUUCACAGGAUGAGCUGCGCGAGGAAGGUUCGGAUUCCCUUUUCUUUUAAAUAUUAUAAACUUCAAGGCGGUAAAAAAUGGGGUUGGAGACAAAUAUGUCAUUUUGUUGAGCGCUUUUUUGUCUGUCGAACGGUGAACUUGAACUUCCUAUUCUUGGAAAAAAAAUUAAUUCAAAGAGCGUUUUGCAGGGAAGUUGCUCUAUGGACAAUGCUUCGUCAUUUUUCGAAUUUUCGCUUUUUUCUUCGUUUCUUUCGAAUUUCAAUUUUUUCUGUUGUCCCCAAAGCUCUUUUUGUCAUAGAAACUUUCAAAUCAUGUAUAACGUGCAAACUUCGAUCUCGACAUGCUUCUCAAAGCAUAUUUAAAAAUUGAAAGGCGGGAAAAUAAGAUCACAUUUUCCUUCAAAAGUACUCAUGUAUGACCCUUCGAUUCGCAGUAAAAAACUCUGAAAGGUACUAAUUUCACCUAUAACCCCGUUGUUUACUGCCCCUAUGCCUUUAAAUUACCAUUUUGAUACCACGAAGAGUUUUCAGGGGUCCUCAAAGUACAAGCAGUGUCGCAGCAGCAGACUGCUAGAGAGACCAGGAAAAGGGCUGGAAGUCCUGAAGCUGGUGAGUACGAAAGAAAAUUAGAGCAUUUUUUUUACUAGUUUUUUUUAUGAUAUUCAAAAAUAAAAAAAAGUUGCCCAGAAACCUUCAAGAAAAAACGGGAUUUUUAUCCGUUUUCGGCCACAAAUGCGUUUUAAAAACUGUCGUCAUACAUUCUUAUUUCUUAUUUCCCAGUAUUUUCUUUUAUGUAGAAUUGUUAAGCAUAGCCGAUUGUAUGUUUUACCCAACUUUUUCCCAAAUUGGUGGAAGAAAAUUGUUUUAAAAUAUAAAAAAGAACCAAAAUGCAACGAAAAUGACGACGUUUUUGAACAGCGAAGUGGGCGUGGCUCUGCUCCUGAAGCGGUGGCAAUUGUUUCCCUUUUUACUGCCUUUUUUUCCGUCCUUCUUAUCCACUUUUUUUGAAUCCUUUCGAGAAACAAAAAUUUUUUUAAAUUGAGAAUAAUCUUUACCAGUGACAGUAGGAACCAAAAAUGUGCUACAGUAAUACAAUCGGAAAGAACGAAUUAUAAUAAUCAUUUCACCGAAGUUUUCAGGUCCUUCCUCCAAGAUCCCGUGUCACCGCCGCGAAGAGACAGGUAUCUUUUCCGACUUGGUUACAUGGAAAAAAAGACAUUUUUCGAUCAAAAUUACAAAAUUUCCGCACUGUAUAGUUAGAUAUAAAAAUGACCAUUUUUUUCAUAACCAGUUCCAGUAUUGGACCCAUUCUUAGGAGCUCCAGAGUGGUCCCUAUAGGGGCAACCUAAGGGUCCUUGGUGGGUGUCUUUUUAAAGACCGCUUUUACCAACCCCUAUAGGGGCCACUAAGGCUUGCAAAAAAGGUCCCUAUAGGGGGUAUGCUAGUCGGUAGAUGUUAUGAACUCAAUGCGAAAAGCUAAAUAAAUGUUUUUUGAAUAAAAUUGAAAGUCAAGGUGCUGAACAAGAAAAAUGUCUCGAAACGGGGUUUUUUCUUCAGUAAUCGGCAAGCUUCAAAGCUUCCCCCUAAAAAAAUUCUCUCAAACGUUCCCUCAAGGUCCUGAUAAAGAUCCCCUAUAGUCUCUACCUGCACGAACUUUUGGUUUUUGAGAUAUUAAUUGUUAAAGUUUGCGUUCAACACAAGUUAGACCCCACAAGAAGGUCAUUUUUCUGUGCGACUUAAAAAAAGGCUUAAGGGGUCAGAUUUUAAACCAUAGGGACCACCUUGAUUUUACCCCUAUAGGGACCACUUUUUUGGGCUCUAGAGAGGCUGAUUUUCUUCCGAACUUCGAUAGGGAUCACACUGAAAUUUCUAAGUCUAGCCGAUUCAUGGCUUCAGGAGGCGUGGCCUGUCUGCGCUCUCCACGCACCAGGCACUAUCUCUUUCAUUACUCGGCAGAUACCUCGGCCCGGUGCAACCCCCAAAUUUUCUCUCUUUUUCCCAUCUUUUGCACUUUGCAAGUGGUAGUGACAAACCGUAACAUUUUCGAGUCUUUUUCGUGCGAAAGGAGAGGCUGCACAGUGCUGACCACGAAGUUCAACUUGCAUGGGAAGAAAAAUUUUAUAUCAACGGGGUUUAACCUAUUCCCAUUGGGCGCAAAUAAGGUGCGAGAAGUAAGCUAUAGCAGGAUUUUCUAUUUAAUUUUAAAAGAUCUACUAAAUAAAACUUUAGAAUUGAAUUUGAGAAAAUUACAGAUUUUAGAUUCGCUUUUUUCGCUCGAUUUCUCCCCUGAAAUUGCACUGAAUUGACUCGGAAUUUCGAAAACUCCACUCUCGAGAUCAUUGCGCGAUAAACUGACUCCGCGCUCGGUUGUGCCCCUGAAUGUGCGAGAAAAAGCACCGAAAAUUUAAAGGCCGCAUCCCAGAUAGAGUCUGCCCGGAGCAUAAUUCCUGCCGAGUAUCGUGUCAAGACCCUUUUUUCGAUUUUACGAUGCGAUUCAAUCAAUUAACUACCAGAAUAUGGCUCUAUUUGUUCAAUAAAAAUUUCGAAGAUGAAAAAAAUAUUUCAUGGGAUGAACUUGAUUUAUUUCAGAAAAAAACGGUCCGGGCUGAAACUGGAAACCUUUUUGAAGAGAGUCAAGCUGGCAGCAGCGGCGCCGGUGAGCGAGAAAACGGGAUUCCUGGGAAUAAGGCUGUUUCGCGGUUUUUUAACUAGUAGUCUCUGUGAUUCAGACAAAAAGUUGCUUUCGAAGUUUUUGAUGAAAGUCAUUAUCCGUUUUUUUCUCGACUUGAAACACACCUUUUCGAUUCAUCAAAAAAAUCAAAAAAAGAGAAAAAAAUUACCUUGAUUCAUUCAAAAAGGCCUAAAUUCUUCGUAAUUGGGAAAAAAAUUAGCAAAAAUUUUUUUGAAAAGUUCGUAGAAUUCAGACGCCAACACACGGUUAAUCCCGUACCCGAUCAUUUCAAGCCGAGAAAAAUGAAUAAAUUGAAAAAAAUCGUUUCAAAAGGUUCAUUCACCGCUGGCUUGAUUCAGCGCAACGAUAGAGUGUGCGAAAAUGAGAGGGUUUAGACGUAUCAAUAAAGUUAGCCUGUCGUGAAUGAACUGUCCUAUACGAUUUCCUGUCAAGCGACUCUUCAACCCCGUUCCAAAGGCUAAUAAAUGUGAAAGAGUACGCUAAAUCCGAAAAUUCGAACUAACAAGCCUUUCUACAUCUUUGUUCAUGUGUUUUCUUCAAAAAAGCUUCUCCUUCUGUAUUUGAUGAUUUUCCUCAACAUGCUUCCUUAUCUGACUGUUUUCAGUGAUUUUAGAAACAUCCUUUGAAGUUUUCAAAAUGGCGAUUUUCAAAUCCCAUCGCAUAGAUCCUCUUUUCUUCUAUUUUUGCUUAUCUUUGUCAAGUCCUUCUCUUCUUUCCUAUCUGAUCUCCGCCCCUACCUACAUUUUUUCCUUUUUCGCAUCACCUAUGUACUGAUUUUGUUUCCAAAAAAAAAGUUUUUUUUCGACUUUUUGACAAGGAAAACAAGGAAUGGUACAUGUUGCAUUUUUCGUCAAGGUUUUCGGAUUUAGCGUCACUCAUUGAAAUAACUUGUUCUUGAACUAUUGGUGCAUGGGAGUCGCUUUACAGGAAGCUGAGCUCAUUUGGAGGGUAGGCUUUUAUUUUAGAAAUUUUCACUGAUAACGGGAGUAAUCAUGAAAAACGGCUAGGCAUAAUAAGAGUUUCCGUUGAAAAUUUCAACUUAGGAGACAUUUUUUCAUCAUUUUUUUUUGGUAAGAAACAAAAAAUCUUGAUCAAUAAAUACUGUGGGAAGAAAACGAGCUUGAAUGUGAGAAAAUAUUGCUUAAGUGGUCCCUAGAAGGUUCUAGAAAACCUAGAGUUUUCAUUUUUGAUUCUUAGAAUUUAGGAACUCCAGAGUGAUGCCUAUGGGAUCCCUAUAGAGAAAAUGCUAGACGAUAAUUGUUAUGAACUCUCAGCGAUGAAGCAUUUCCAUGGGAAAAACUGGAUAAAUAAGCAUUUUUUGGAUCAAAUGGAAAGACCCCUAUAGGGUCCACUUGAGCUUUAGGGGCUAAGAGGUCAGACCCCAAACCCCUAUAGGGACCGCUCUAGAAGUUCCGAGAAGUUAGUGAGGUAGGAUGAAGGUGGAAGGUCCUAAGUUGGCAUUAUUGAGCCAGAUGGUCCCAUUUUUUUUAAAUUUUUUUUCAUUACCUCUGGUUUCAACUCAUUCGUGACUAUGUGACCCCAGGUUUAUCUUUAUCUUAUUUCAUUUCAUCUCAAAACAAAAUUUCAAACGAAAUAUAUAUCCCGCCAUUGAAUUUCGUGUGAAAUUAACGUGGACGAGGUUUUUACUUAGAAAAUGCGGCCAAAAACGGGCCAAAAAAAGAAAAGAAAAGCCAUGAAUGCUCAGAAGAAGUUCCAAGUUCAAUGUCAGAAAGAACUGAAGGUGUGGAAGGGAAAUUAGAAGUCAAAUUUGAGGGAUUUUUAAUAAUAAUGGGUUUAUUCACUGCAUACUGUUCAGAACUUGCUGAACCGACGCCAGUGGAAGAAAGGACGGCAGCUCCGAUGGAAAUUCCGGAAGCGUCAUCCGAAGAUCGUGAACACGUGAAAGAAGCCGAUGUCGAAUCCAAGCUCUCGUCGGCGAAAACAUUCCGGAACCCGCCACUUUUCGAAGAGUCGGAAGAUGCCCAAGGACCGAGCACAAGUCGGCUUCCAGAAGCGAUUAGAGCAACUGCUGCAGGCCCUGAAGGUGCUGAACAAGAUAAAUGUCUCGAAACGGGGUUAUUCUUCAGAACAUGGCGAAGCUUCGACGUCGUCAGUCCCAGCGGCUUCAGUUGCGCCGAUUCAAAUUGGAGCCGUUAAUUUGGGUAAUUUUUUGUUCAGUCUGUUCAAAUUGACUUUCUUGGCUCUUUGCUACUAGGAAUUUUCUACAAAUUUGCCAAUCGCUGGCUAGAAAAGCUUCUUUAUGCGGCCUUUUUGCGUCCCUUCAUCAACCUAUAUUAUUUUUUCUUGAGCUUUUAAAUGUCUAGAGAUGAUGAAAAGCUACAUUCUUUAUAAAGGUUAUCUUGUGACCCUUUUUGGCAUUUUCCACUGAACCCUAAGAAAUUGAUUUCACUUUGAAAAAGAGGUGCUACGACAAGAGCGAGUUUUCCGUUUGCGAGGAGUACUGUAUGCGGAUAUGCGCAUUGCGUGCAUACACUUUGCGUGUUUACUCUUUCGUUGCGUGACGUCACCGGGUUUUUACUCUAUUGAAAUCGUGCAAAGUGCAGUGCCUAUGCGGGCAUUAUGCAAAAAAAAGUUACUUGCAUUCUGCAGCAUUUUGACGAGAAGAUCCUCGCAUUUUGCAUUUCUUUUUGGGCCCACUUUUGUACAGACAAAAAAAAGUGCAAAGUGCGAGGUACUUCCUUGCAAAAUUCAAAGCACUGAUUUGCAAAAUGCAUGAAGCUUUUUUGCAGAAUGCCGGCAUAGGCACUGCCUUUUGCAAAAACUCUGAAGAGUUUUGUUUCGAGUUUUUCGAAUAUUUUUCAACUUUUUUUUGCUAUUUUCUCGAUGCUAUUUGCACGAUAAAAAAACAGUAUCAAGGAAAAAAAAAAUUGAAAAUUAUUCGAAAAAAAAAACCGGAGAUGUCCGACCGGGUGACGUAACGAAAGUGUAAACACGCCAAGUGUAUGCACGCAAUGCGCAUAUCCGCAUACAGUACUCCCCGAAAAUUGAAAACUCGCUUUUGUCGUAGCUCCAAAAAAGAAUUACCUCCCUUUCAAAUUGAUCUACUUUCAAUGUUUACAGAAAGUCACAAAAAGGCGGUCCAAAAAAAUGCGAAAGAGCCCUCGAAGCCGACUCGAUCGCCAGUCCCGACAAGAGCAGCAAAAGCGACGGCGUCUAAGGUCUUCAAGCGUGUUGCCGCCGACGGACGUGAGCGUUUAAAAUUGGUCAAACUUUUGUCUAGGAAUUUUUUAAAAGUGUACCUCAAAGCACAUACAUGCUGAAGGGACCGAAAAAAAAACAUCCUUUGAAUCAAAAUCACUAAAAUAAUCUUUGAAAAAUGUAACAAGUUCUCACGUAUAGCCGAUUCACGGCUGGCUCGAACAAUCGAAAAAAUGGGUCCUGGCACGAUAAGAAAAGAGACAGUGCCUGGCUCGUGGAGAGCGCAGGCAGGCCACAAGCUAGUCGGGAAUUGGCUAGACUUAAGAGCUUCAGAGUGAUCACUAUAGGGGUUAGGGGGAAAAUCAAUGUCUGAAGCUGUUUUGAAUAUAUAGAGAGUUAUACAGUAGCGGAAAUAUGUGAGUAUUUUUUUUUUUGGUUUUUCGUUCAUAACUUUAUUGAAAACCAUUGUUUCGACCUGAAGUUUUAAUGGGCUUACAAGAAAGGGCAAAAAACAUUCUAGUUAUUGGCCAUUUUGCGCCAGUUUGUCACGAUUUUUGAUUCUCGCUGAACUAGAGAGUCAUUCCGUUCGAAGUUUCUCUUUUUCUUUUAUUUGGCCUAAAAUUUUCUAUAUGUUAUUUUAAAGGCGCAGGACAGAUAGGGCUCUAUAGAAAAACGAUAAUCGUGACAAGCUGGCGCUGAAUGGCCUUUACAGCAUGCCGUUAAUGUGCUCCGUGGCGAAUUUAUUAUCGAAAGUUUUCGAAAUCGCAAGUUUUACCAUUUUUUGAUUUUUGCUCAGGCACUGGUGAGGGACGCGCCGGGUUUCUGGCUCUCAUUUUAGCCUUUUGAGUGGGAAAACCUUUUUAAAAUUGUUUAUUGGUGUCUUUAUAAUACUUGUUAGUAUGCCUGCUCACUUUUAAACCGGUUUCGAUCACAUUUGUGCGAGUUUUUAAAGAACCAUAUUUAAAUUGGGAAAUGGAUAUAGUUGAGUUUUAUGCGUCGAAUUUUAUGUUUAACUAAGCAUCAUGAAGAGAGGAAACGCGUGAAAAUGAAUAAUAACUGAAUUUAUGAGCUUUAAUGGACAAAAAAGGCAAAAAAUGAGCGGCGAAAACUAUCGUGUCCCCGGCUCGUCCCCGCCUGAAGCGCAGCGCGCGCGCCACCAGUGCCUGAGAUAUUUGAAAAUUUUUUUUCAUUUUUUUAAGAUUUUUUUUCAAUUCAUUUUAUUUUUAUUUUUCAAGUUUAGCGAGUAACUAGCUACCUUUUUCAGCUGUGAAGCCUAAGCCGAACCGUCGGUACUUGACGGAGGGAGAACUCAGAGGCGUUGUGAGCCGAUAUCAGAACGGCAUACCGAUAAAGGACAUCGCGCAGCAGUUUGGCAUCAGCGUCGGUGGGGCAAGGAACAUUAUAAAAAGACAUGAAGAUGUGGGAGAAUCCAUCUUCACAAAAAAACGACGAGGAGGCAAGAAGAAAAAUCCCGACGUCGAAGAUGGAGCUUUGUGAAAAAUAGUUUUAUCUGUUUUAUUCAAUUGUUUCAAUCGUUUCACCAGGAUGUUUCUUUAUACCGGUUUACUUGAUUUGUGGAUUAUGUAUUAUUAAAUUGUUGUUAACAUGUUUUUUUGCGAUUUUAAUAAACAUUCAAAAAAAAUUUCUUGAGUUUUUUUCGGAAUCGGGUCAAACCAUUAUUUCGAGUUUUCAAUAAUAUCAUUUCACUUGAUUGGUGGAAAUUUCAGGUCGAAACAACGGUUUUUUUAACAAACUUAUGAACGAAAAAUCAAAAAAAAAAAUGCUCUCCAUUUCCGGUACUGUAUAACUUUCUAUCCAAAACAGCUUCAGCCACUCCCAUAAAAUAAUAAAUAAAAAAAAUAAAAAUAAUAUUUAUAAAAAAAACUUGGAAUCGAAUAAUUCGAGCUAUUCGCGGAUGGGGUAUAACGUUUCAUUAUCGGCAGGGAUCAAAAAAAUAUCGAUUCAAACUCCGGCAAAAAGUCUGGAAAGACUGUUUUUUUGAUAGUAUAUAGUCUGUUCAGAUUUUUGAAUGUCAACUAGCUAACUCCGCCCCUGCUGAGACGGUACCUUUUUCGCGUCGAUGUAUCAUCGCGCGGGACGAUUUUUAAUUUUUUUUUUUAAGAAACAAAAACAAGUCAAAAAAUGCAGCCUUAUUAAAGGGCCGUCUGUCGAUAAAACUUUGACGCGAAAGAUAUUGUAGCCUUGGGGGUGGAGUUAGCUGCUUGGCAUUCUGAAUCUGAACAAACUAUAUUAUAGCCGGAUCAAUUAUUGCAGCGCUUUCAUAACGAAAAAUUGAUUGUUAGGCGCAGACUUGUUCUGCGCCAUUUGGGUUUAGGCUGGGUUGGAAAUUUGAUUUUUCCAUUCAGGAAAGGCGGACGAGAACAAGCCGGGAGAAGCGCCAGUCCAACCGAAGAACAAGAGAGGCGCGCCGAAAAAAAUCUUGGCUCCAGUUGAAGAUGCUGAAAAUGAUGAAGGUGCGGGAAAAAAUAGGCCUCUUGAAAGGAAAUGAUAAAGGAAAAUUAACUUUUUUUAUUGCGCUAACUUUACCUUAUAGGGGAAUUUUUCAAGCUUUUGUAAUCACGUCCACUUUUUCUCCGUAAAGUGUUGUGUGUCAUGUGCAUGCACUGCGCCGCUUUCGAGCAGAAAAUUGCGUUUAUGUAUAGAAAUUGCGAUUCGUCUCAAAGAACUCUGGCAAUACGGCGGCCUACGCCUUCAAUAUCCCUUUUUAUUCAUGAUCUUAAAGCCGGAAUCUCUGCCGUUCCCAUGACGUCACGUGGGAACGGCUGAUAUUUUGGCUCCGCCCACCUUUUUAAUGGUUUCGAAUUUUCUUCCACUAACAAAAAACGCCGUGUAGUUUGUGUCUAUAAUAUACUUUGUAUAUUCAGAGUAAGGAAAAUUUUUAAAGGUUUGAAUAGUAUAUGAUGGUCAGGAUUGUAUAUUACAUCGUUUUCAUGAAAAAAAUGAUGAUAAGUUCGAGUUUUUCGUUCAGGAAAUGUAGACGCGAACGGGCUGGAAGAAGCGCCAAGCCAGCAGGAAACAGAAAAGGAGAGGAGAGCUCCGAAGAAAAGAGGCCCGAAGCCGCGAAGAGCUGCAGGUGCGGAAGGAAAAAUGAAGUUGCAUUGAAGAUCUUUUUUCAGAAUUGGCCGAAGCGGCACCCGUUGAAGAUGGCCCGGACGCUUCGGAGAAUCAGCCGGAGGCCCCAGUGGCAGAAGCCGAAAUUGAUCAAGGUGCGAAUUCCGCCGUCAUGUUUUUCUAAAACCAAAACAUUUUCUGAACCUCUCGGGGAUCGAACUUGUGACCUUUUAUAUUGUAGACAGGCACACUACCCGUUGCGCUAAGUCGCUUUAAGAUGUUCAUAAUAAUCAUCUUGAUUGUCAGAAUAAGGCAAACAAUUAGGGUACAAUUAGGAAAAUGCUGACAAAGGUUUUAGUGGCCACUAUACGGUUUCGACGUUUCAGUGGCCACUACAGUAGUCAAAUUAGUGGCCACUUAAGGGGUUAAAAAUUAGUGGCCACUAUAGAGGUCUAAGCUCUACUACUAGACCACUAAAAAUUUUAGUGGCCACUUUAGGGGUCAAUGGAUCAUCACAAAUGGUACAAUAUGUUUGUUUUAAAAUUAUCAGAGUUACUGGAAGAAAUACUGGAUGAAAAACUACGGAAGUGGCCACUAAAUAGAGAACCUUUAUAGUGGCCACUAAAACGGAAAAUAGUGGCCACUUCAGAGGUGAGUUUAGUGGCCACUUUAGUGUCCUCUCCAAGUAGUCCUUGGCGAGCCUCUAUAGUGAUCACUAAAAAAUUUCCCAGUGAGAUGAAAAUGGACAGAAAAAGUUUUUAAAAAAGGCCAUAUGGCGCAAAAAAAAGCUUGAUCAAAUUAAGAAAAAAGAAGAUUCAUAAAAAAAAUGUCGCGAACAGUUAUCCUAGAUAAAUUUGCUUGUAAGUUCAUAAGAAGGCAUGAAAAACUGACUUUAGCGGUUCAUAUUCAGUUUGUAGUUCGAAAAUCUUUCUAUUGCUGAAAAGACUCGGUCAAUCUUCUAUAAAUAAAUUUAUUUUUUCUCGGUCCAGCCGGCCCAUCCACUCUCCCCACUGCUCCGGUGCGAAAAAGAAAGAUCCAGCGUAAAAAGAGAGGCGACAACUUGAAAGGUAACUUUUUUGAGGAUUAUGAAUCAUGUAGAGGUAGGCUUAAAAUUGCUGCACGAAUACUGUAAUAACUUCGCCGAAAUAAAAAUCCGAACGCGUUUCUGGAAAAGGUGCAGUUUUAUUUAUGAGAAUCUAUUUGAAAGGAGACGCUAAGAAAGUCGCUCAGAAACUUUAGGAAAGUCGGAGGGUUGGAUAAUCGCCGAUAAAAGGUGGAGGCUCAAAAAAGGGCGCAGAAAGGCUGCAAAAAGGCAACAAAAUGGUUACAAAAAGGCAUCAAAAAGGCAACUAAAUGCAGCAAAAAGAGUCAUUUUAUCUAGCCUUAAAUUUUCUCUAGAACUUCAAAGUCUCAAGGAAUGGUGGAAAAAGGCAGAGGCAGCAAAAUUGGUUCAUAAGAGCCGAUGGAAUGGCGCAAAAAGGCAGCAAAAAAGGAGCUUUGCUCAUCCCAAAAACAACAUUUCUGUUUGCCUAUGAAGAAAAAAAGGUAAGGUUGCGCGUUUUUGAAUUCGUUACUGCCAAAACUGCUCGGACCUUGGAAACGGAAUACCUUUAGUGGCCACUUUGGUAGCCUCAGCACUCUUAAGUGAUCCCUAGGAUUUCUCAGAAGCGUCCGGUUUUUACUACCGAGUGCUCUGCGAAUGUAACUAACCUUAGGCAAAGUCAAAAAAAAAGUGGAACAAGGCUCCUAUUUUGCUCCCUUUUUGCGCCAUUUUAUGGGCUCUUGUGCACCAUUUUUGCCGCCUCUCUUUUUUUUUCCACUUUUUGAGCCUUUAAAAUUCCAGAAAAAAAAUGGCAGGCUCGAUAAAGGGAUACUUUUUGCUGCCUGUCUGCGGCCGUUAUCCCAUUCCGACUUUGCCCGCGGUUAUUACAGUAAACGGUGCACGAAAGAUUUGUUCUUUUCCGUAGGGUACGGUAUGUGAAAGUCCGCAUUUGGCAUGUGCACGUGUUGGCACAAGCUGAGUGGUCGAAUCUCCGCUUUUCUACUUUUUAUUUAAUAAUUCUUAGCUUUGUUUUAUAAAAAGUCAUAAUAAAUAGUUUAUGUGAAUGAACUGUUUCCUAGGUCUCUUUGGAAGAGUUUUUUAAAAAAAUAUUAAAAAAACGGAGAUGGGUCUUAGAUUGUGAAAACACACAGAGUGCACAUACCGAUUGCGGACUUUGCCAUACAGUACUCUUCGGAAAAAAAAAUUCUCUUUUUGUAGCGCCCAGCAAAUAUUUCCGGAUGAACUGACCGAUUUUUAACUUUUUUUUUCUGAAAAAAAGGGUUGAAGAAUAAAAUUUCAGUUUACCGGGAGGAACAGAAGAAGUUGAAAGAGGCCGCGAAAUUUGAAGCUGUAGCACGAGCUCGAGCUCGAGCUCAAGCAGAAGCACGAGCUCAAGCUCAAGCGGAAGCGGAAGCUCGAGCUCGAGUUCAAGCAGAAGCACGUGCUCAAGCUCGAGCAGUAGCGGAAGCUCGAGCUCAAGCUGAGACCCUAGAGCAAGUUUCGUCCACAAGCGAAGGGAUCGAAGAAGGUGAGAUUGAAAAAGAUAUUCAUAGGAAACUGAAAAUAGUAAAUUUCGAUGAGAAAAUUCUUGUGCACUUUUUGUAAUUUUGAAGAGCUAGAUAGAGAGAGUUCCAAAAAGGAUAGUCUGGUCGGAUUUUCAAUGACGUCAUUCAAUAACGCUUUGUGGAUGGCUGCUCUCUCUUAUUGGUAUUUCGUGUCAUUAGGGGCGGAGCUUGAGCAACGACUUCUGAAAUAAAUCUGAGUAGUCUAUUUCAUAGAAUUUUCACUUUCAGUGGCUGCCGUCCACGAUGCUUCUGAAGCUGGAGGAAGUUCCUCGGGAGGAGAAGGAAAAGUACGGGACAAAAGAAACCUGGCUCCAGAAGAAGACGAUGAAGGACAUCCGCAACUAAAAAGGCAGCGAAGAAACCAAAAUGAAGAGCCCCUGGAAGAUGACGUCAGCUCACGGCAAGUCGAGAGGUUUUUUUUCGAGGCCGCACUUGGAAUGGUUCGCUCGGCGCGGUUGACGCAACCGUCAUGAUUUGAGCCAUCCCACGUGCGGCCAUGAACUGAUUUUAUAACAAUUUCUUUUUCUGAUGAUCUCCAAAAUAGCCAAAGUUUGCACUCCUUUUCUGAAAAUUUCCGAAUUUUUCUUCAACUUCUUUUUCUUCCCUUGAAUAUAACCUUGCUGAUGAAAGCCUUGAAAAGUCUUUUUUUCGGAAUUUUGAGGUCUUUUGGACUGGUAGCUUUUAAAAAGUGGCCGAAAUCUGCUUCUGUUCUUCCUUCCUUCCUUUUUUUAUCUUUGAAGAAAUAUAAUAUUUUUCCCUGACUUUUUUUUGGGAGAAUACAGAUUUUUAGCUCAAGCCCAUGUUUUUUUAAAUUUUGUAAUCAGUAAUUUAGAGUUUUCCCCUUUCUAAAUCGUUCCUAAAUGUUUUUUAACAUAAGUGAAUUUUUUUAAAAAUCAUAUUCUUCAAACUGACAAGAUUUGGAACAGGGACUAUUAUCUUAAAAUUGAAAAAAACAUUUUCGAGUAUGCGAUAGUGCGUCUCGGUGUGUUUACACCCUAAGCAUCAUAAUUUACGAGAAGUAUUGACCUUGCGUAAUAAAAAAACGCAGAAUUGAGAACUUUCACAUUAACUUGAAAUUUUUGAUAUCUUGAUUAAAGUUCUCAAUCAUUUUUUUCAAUUUGAUCAAGUUUUUAGAAUCCAACCUGUUGAAGGAUUUUUGUGGACGCUAUACUAAAAUAAGAAGAUUUUUGGGAAGUAAUUAUUUUGGCUUUUUCAGGGACCUUGAAAGAGAACAAGAAGUUGGCCAGGCCGUGUUCGACUACGAACAUUGUCGACAAGGCCAGUUCGAACAUCGCCGCAAUGAUGACGACGACGACGCCCCCUCGAGGCAUUUUUUUAUUUUUUUCAAAAAAAAAAUGAAUUGAAAGGCUUUCUUUCCAUUUUUGAAGUUUGAUAAUUUCCCUUGAUGGAAAAAUUUUUCCAAGAGACUUUGCUCAACCGUUCUUCCAAAGCCCACAAUCUGAGAAAAUGUUCAGUGGCCCCUUAAGGGUUUUUGAAUUCUAGUGGUCAUUAUAGUAGUCUCAUUAGAGACACUAAAGUACUUAAAAUUUAGUGGCCAUUUAGACGAGAUAUAGUGGUUCCUGUAGAACUGGUUUUAGUGGCCACUCUAGAGUCCUCUCCAAAGAACCUCUUGAGUGAUUUUUUUCAAACCGAAAACUGAUCUUCGCCUCGAGACCCAUAUAAAUUUCGUCAAUGCUCCUUUAAAAACUCGAUGUAUUUUUUCAAAAUAUGCUUCAAUCAAAACUCUCUGAAGUAGUUUUAGAAGCCAAAACGGAAGCUUUAUAACAUUCCGAGUGAAAAAUAAGCUCUUUUAUGUACCUAAAACGAACCAAAAUUCAGCUCCGCCUUGGUUCCCAGACAGCAGCGGCAAAGCAGUUCUUCAAGGUUUUUUUUUUUGGGAUUUUCCACAAAAUAUUCUCAUAAUUUCUUUGAACAGCUAAUUUCAAUGGUUUUUAAAGGUUGAAUUCUCUGGAAAAUGGCGUUUGAAACGUCUUUUUCAAGCUUCAAACUAGAAAAAACUUCGAUUCUAACCGAAUUUCGUUGUCUCCUUGAUUGUAAAGUGAAGAUAGUAUGUAGAAAAUAGUAAGAUUUUGAAUAUUCCUUUCUUUUUUUCAGUUUUGAAUCUUCUUAGUAUUGGUAAUAUUCCAGCGGUUGCGGAGGAGAAAACGACGGCGGCUUUAAAAAUGUCGUGAAAGUCAAUGAAGUCGUGAGGAAUGAGAAGGAAGGAAGUGAAACGGCACUUGUUGGCUGUGAUACGCUUCAGACAAGGUUGAUUAUCCUCAAAGAAAGACUAGACUUAAUCGACUGGACGAAGAAUAAGAACUUUCGAAGUUAUAACGAAAAACUGUCUCUGGUGAACUAGAAGUCUCAUCGGGAAGUUUAUCAAGUUGAUAGAAGAAGUUUAGACGUGUAGUUGGUCAAUUUGAAUCGAGAAGUUUAGACAUGUAGUUGAUCAAGUUGAUAGAAGAAGUCCGGGCGUGUAGUUGACCAAGUUGAGUUGAGAAGUUUAGACGUGUAGUUGAUCAAGUCGAAUCAAGAAGUCCAAACGUGUAGUUGAUCAUUUUGAAUCAAGAAGUCCAGACGUGUAGUUGAUCAAGAUUUUUCAUGAUUAUACAACUGAAAACCAUCUCCUCAAAAGACUUUCAACCUCUUUUUCAAAAAAGAGAAGUUUUUUUAAGAUUUAAAAAAAGGCGCUAGGAAGGUCUUUCGAAGGUCAUUAUCUUCAAAUCUCCGUCACAGAUUUUUCGAGGUUUUUCUUUCUGCGGUUUUCGGUUUAUUUUAGAAGCAGAAAGAAGCAUAAAACUCUAAAUUUAUUCAAUAAAGCUCUUCAACUAAGGUAAGUUGACUUAUAAAAUAUUAAACGAUUUUUUUCUGAAUUGUUCUGAACUUUUAGCUGACAAAUCCGAAAAUUUUUUUUUUUCAGCCCCGACCAAGACGUAUUGAAAAAGAGCAACGAAGUCCUCGAAAAUGGAGCCGGCGAUGAAAAACACGGAACACAGUCAAGCCAAGUAAAUAAUUUUGUUUUUAUCAAUUUUUCUCUUAAAAAAAUUCCGGAAAGUUUCUUCUCAAAAUAUUUUUUUAGUGUAAUUCAAAACUUGUUUCAGGUCCUGCGAAGAAGAAAGUUGCGGCGAAAAAUACAAGCAAACCGUCGAAGAAGCGGCUGAAAACGGAGAAAAAAUCUCUCCAAUCAAGUAAUUAAACUUUUAAAUGUAUUGUCGAACCUAACCUUAAUAAUACUAACGUCGUACGUAGAAAAUAUAGAAUCAAAGCUUCUAGUUUAUAUUUUAAAUUUCCUUGAUUUCAGUUAAAAAUAUAACGGUUUUUUUCAGGGAAUUUUGGGCAAAAACAAAACAAGAACCUUGAAAUGGAAGCUGAAAAAGGACGGAAAUCGUUCCGGAAUUCCACAGAAUAAGUAAUUUUUUUGAGUUUUUUUAGAACGGAUUUGACGAUUAUAAUCCAUUUUUUUCAUGGCUUAAAAAAACAGUCCCUGACUCAUUUUUUUGGCGCUAAUUUAAAGGGUAUGGGGAGGGGGGAAAGUCGCAGUUUGAGGAGGGUAGGCCGCAGUUUGGGGGGGUAGGCCGCAGUUUGGGGGGUAGGCCGCAGUUUGGGGGUAGGCCGCAGUUUGGGGGGUAGGCCGCACCCCGGGAUGGGAUCCAGCCGACCUAGGGCAGAAAUUCAAUUACAGCCAAUACAUUUCAAACCGAGAAAAAUGGAUUAUAAUUUAGAAAAAGCAUCGAAAAAAACGGUUCAUUUUUCAGGCUAAGUCUCUUUUUUUCAGAAUCGUCGUCGGAAACGCCAUUGAAAACGCCGAAAAUGACGACUCUCUUUUGGUUCUUGAGCAAGUCCAGGAGUUUGACGGCCUCAAUGAACCGAUGUAAGUUGAAGAAAGCUCGAAGAAAUUAACCAUCAGUUUUCUUAAACUCCUUCUGUCAUAACUCCCCUGCUGACCGGGUGUCUCUACGGGUUCACCCGUGUUUUUUGACCUCGGGCUAAAACGGGAGGAAUAGGCCACCUAGCUGUGUCUAUUUUAUAAAUGUCAACUGUGGUAGAAAAAUGUCAGAAGUUUCACUAGCUGUACGGGUUUAAUGCGGGUACACCCGGCGAGAUCCCUUGCCCCUACUCCCAUCAGCAUGAGGGAAGUUAGAUGGGAGAAUUACUUUUCAGCAGCUUUAUUGAAAUGAGCCGUUAAAAACGCGAAACCAUAGGUGAAUCAAGAAAGGGUAUCGCGAGACCCUCUGAGGUAUAUCGCAGGCUCUGAAGCCUCACGAUGGUACCUUGAGGAUAACCUCUGAGGACUUUGAGCAAAGUGAGACUUGAGGGAGACUCUCAAGUACCUCCGAGAUGGCUCAGAUAUAGCUAAAAGGUAUGACGGAGGUCUCACGAUGGACACAUGGUGUCUUCACGAUCCCUUUUGAGAGGUACCUUUGUGGACACAUUGUGGUACCCUUCCGAUUCGCUUGUGAUAGAUUCGACCCGCAGAGAAUCGAGGAGACGUUAAAAACUAUUCUAGAAGAUUUAUUAGUUAUUCGAGAUCAAUGUGAAACUUUCUAGAAAGGCAGAGAAAGAUUAGGAACUUUAUAGAAGGGGAAUCUUUACACAUGAAUGAGCAGAUCUUCUUAAAAGGCCGUAAGGGCUUAUUUUUUACAACUUUUUCUCUUCCCGGACAUAUUGAGUUCCUUACUUCCCCACCUACGCUCUUACACAUGAUCCCUAUGACUUAAUGAGACUAGAAACAUUAUAGAACGUUCUAGAAUCAGCUUGAUCCAAGAAUUGUGAAUAUUGUACAGAUCCUCAAUAAAAUUUAACAGACGUUUACUAUUCCAGCGUUUCGCGAGAAAAUGAAGCUGGGCCUUCUGGAGCAAUCGAAAAAAGUUCUGGCCAAAAUAAUGUCGUGGGUCGAGAAGAAGGGGGAGCAAGGCAUGAGGAAGUUGGAGAACAAGAAGGGCAGGAAGGACAAGAAAAAGUCGCGGAUCGUCGGCCGGAAGGAAGGGAAGAAGGAGAAGUGGACUCCAGGUGAAUCUACUUUAAAUUCGGAAAAUGAGAGAAAAACGUCCUUUUUUAAACAUUUACUGUAGAAACUUAGGUAUUCAUCUUUAAGUUUUUCACUUUUUUGUUGAAAAUUAGAAAUGUAUCAAAGAAAUUUGUCAUUCAACUUUAUGAUUUCACUGCCUUCUCACGUGUUUGUAAGCUAGUUUGAUGUUCCUAUGAGAGGUGAGAGAGAAGAAGGCGCAGGCAGGUCAGACAAGUUCAUACAUGGGCUAACCAACUACUUUUUGUGACGUCAUCACGUACCCCCCUUGAAAAAGUACGUACCCCCCCGCGGAUGACUAUCAAUGUGAAAUGAUUAUUAAAGUUAAUAUAAGAAUUGAAUGAGACUAUUAUCUUAUUUCGCGGGCUUUUGGAAGUAUAUUCAGCUAGGUGUCAACACUGCAAAACAGAAAUAUUUCAACUUUUAGCGUAGACCCCCAAAAUCCGAAAAUCGAUCUGUUUUCAAUGUUAUCCUACAUUAUGAAUCGAGUUUUAUGAUUUGGCAGAGUUUCAAGCCGUUGGGAUGAGUUUUGAGGAAAAUAGUUUUUUGGACCACCGGGAAGGGAUAUUUUGAAAUUUUGAAUUUUUUGGCUCAAAAUCAAUAUUAAUCUUGAGUUAACUCUAAAUAAGGUAUAUCCUCCAACUUUCCAACCUUCCGGACGUUUUUUGACCAAGUUACAGUGUUUCAAAGUGUUAUCUCUUUACGGUUUGCGUACCCCCCGUACUCCCCCAAAAUCGGAAAAAUCGAUCUGUUUUUCAAUGUUAUUCCACAUUAUAAAGGGAGUUUUUAUGAUCUGGCCAAGUUUCAGGCCGUUGGGAUGAGUUUUUAAGGAAAAAUAAUUUUUUUGGGCCACAGUAGAUGUAUGAAUGUAUGCUGAUCACGAUUUUGCUAGUUUUUUUAAUUGUUAAACUUGUAUUUUUUUAUCGUUCACAUGUGUGGUAACGCCGUAGGGUGAGUUGAAAAAAAAUGAGCGUUAGGGUGAGACUUUCUCUAAAUCAAACAUGUUGUAGAACACGAUUUUUUAGGAUUUUUUGAAAAAAAAAACCGAAUAUCAUCACUCAAGCCGUUUUCGAGAUACUGUGGCUCAAAAAAAGGGGUACGGUAGGACCCUUCAAAAAUCUAUAUCUUGACAUAAAAUCGACGAAAUCCAAAGUUUGUAAUAAGGUGCAAUAUAAUCUUAUUCAAUUUUUUUAAAAAAAUCUUAAACCUCAUUUUGCUCAUUAUUGCUCAUAUUACAGAGUUUUUCAAAACCACAAAUAAAGUACUCUUUAUUGAGUCAAACAUGGAUUAUUCGAAUUUUCCAUCUAACACCCGAAAAUUCCAAAAAACAUGUGAUUUUGGGUAAGUUUCCCGAAUAACUUUUUUAUCUCCUGUUUUUUUGGAUUGAAACUAGCAAAAUCGUGAUCAACGCGCAUUCUUACAUCCACUAGGUCAUUUGCAAAACGAAACGAGGAAAAAAAUUCAAAAUUUCAAAAUAUCCCUUCCCGGUGGUCCAAAAAACUAUUUUCCUCAAAACUCAUCCCAACGGCCUGAAACUCUGCCAAAUCAUAAAACUCACUCGACAAUGUAAAAUAACAUUGAAAACAGAUCGAUUUUCCGAUUUUGGGGGAGUACGGGGGGGUACGCAAACCGUCAAGUGAUAACACUUUGAAACACUGUAACUUGGUCAAAAAACGUCCGGAAGGUUGGAAAUUUGGAGGAUAUACCUUAUUUAGAGUUAACUCAAGAUUAAUAUUGAUUUUGAGCCAAAAAAAUUCAAUAUUUCAAAAAUAUCCCUUCCCGGUGGUCCAAAAAAACUAUUUUUCCUCAAAACUCAUCCCAACGGCCUGAAACUUGGCCAGAUCAUAAAACUCCCUUUAUAAUGUGGAAUAACAUUGAAAACAGAUCGACUUUUCCGAUUUUGGGGGAGUACGGGGGGGUACGCAAACCGUCAAGUGAUAACACUUUGAAACACUGUAACUUGGUCAAAAAACGUCCGGAAGGUUGGAAAUUUGGAGGAUAUACCUUAUUUAGAGUUAACUCAAGAUUAAUAUUGAUUUUGAGCCAAAAAAUUCAAAAUUUCAAAAUAUCCCUUCCCGGUGGUCCAAAAAACUAUUUUCCUCAAAACUCAUCCCAACGGCCUGAAACUCUGCCAAAUCAUAAAACUCACUCGACAAUGUAAAAUAACAUUGAAAAACAGAUCGAUUUUUCCGAUUUUUGGGGGAGUACGGGGGUACGCAAACCGUCAAGUGAUAACACUUUGAAACACUGUAACUUGGUCAAAAAACGUCCGGAAGGUUGGAAAUUUGGAGGAUAUACCUUAUUUAGAGUUAACUCAAGAUUAAUAUUGAUUUUGAGCCAAAAAAUUCAAUAUUUCAAAAUAUCCCUUCCCGGUGGUCCAAAAAACUAUUUUCCUCAAAACUCAUCCCAACGGCCUGAAACUCUGCCAGAUCAUAAAACUCCCUUUAUAAUGUGGAAUAACAUUGAAAACAGAUCGAUUUUCCGAUUUUGGGGGAGUACGGGGGGGUACGCAAACCGUCAAGUGAUAACGCUUUGAAACACUGUAACUUGGUCAAAAAACGUCCGGAAGCCUGGAAACUUGAAGCAUAUACCUCAUUUAGGGUUAACUCAAAGUUGAUAAUGAUUUUUGAGCCAAAAAAAUUGUAGAUUUCAGAAAUCAUUUUUCUUAUGGGGUCAGAAGUUGAUUAUUUUUUUCAAUUUUCCAAACGGCUUAAAAUUUGAUGAGCAUGUAUAUAUCAUCCAUUGGUACCAUUUAAACUAGAAUUCAGGUCGAUUAAUCAGCUCUGGAAUUUUUUAUAAGGCUAUUUCUACGAUUCCUCUCGAUUUUUUCUACCGUUUGGAGCUAGGCAAAAAGAUAGGCAACGAAUUUCCCACUAAAUGUACUUUAAAAAGCUCGAUAAAUAAUAUGGAUGCAUUUUCCGCGGCUUAGAAAGCCAUCUGAAUGAAUAGGGGGGCCCGAAAGUGAAAAACAGCCUGUUAGCCCACGUAUGGACAAGUUGGAAAGAGAUUUAAUUUCAGUGACGACGAUGAUGAGGAUGGAGAAGAGGAACAUCAGAGCGUAGCAAGGCGAGAGGAAGUUGAACAGCAAGGAGGUCAAGAAGGACAGGAAAAGGAAGGAAAGGAACAAGUUGUGGAUCGUCAGCCGGAAGGAAGGGAAGAAGGAGAGCUCGAAACGAGGUAAGUCUUUCUAAUAUUUGGUAUUUAACUCGAAAAGUAAGAGAAAACGUCUUUUUUUAAACAUUUAUGUGGAAAAUCAACGAUUGAUUUUUCAAUUUCUUUCUUUGUUUGUUGAAAAUUGGAAAUUUAUCGAAAAAUUUUCCAUAAAAGUUUUUGAUUUCUCUGCCUUCUCACGUGUUUGUAAGCUAGUUUGAUGUUUCUAUGGCUAGUCUGGUGAGAGAGAAAAAGACGCAGACAGGUCAGGCAAGUAGGGAAGAGAGGUGAAUCUACUUUGAAUUCGAAAGUUCUUUCGAAAAAUGAGAAAAAACGUCCAUUUUUUAAAAAAAUUUUCAUCUUUAACUUUUUCACUUGUUUGUGGAAAAUUGGACACUUUUCAAAAAUUUUCUGAUUUUUCUGCCACGUGUUUGUAACCUAGUUUGAUGCAUUUAUGAAUAGCCCAGUGAGAAAGAAGAAGGCGCAGACAGGUCAGACAUUUUCAAGAAAGGGUGAGGAAGAUUUACUCGAGUUGAUUUUCAGUGACGAUGAUGAUGGAGAAGACGUGGAGCAGGAGGAGGAAGAAGAACGAGAAGGCCGCGUAGUGCGAGAAGAGGAAGGAGAAAAAGAAAUGGAAGUAGAAGAAGCACAAGAGCAAGCAGUGCAAGAGGAAAGAGAAGAGCAAGAAGUAGUAGAACAAGGAUGCGAAGUCGUGACCGGAGAAGAUGAAGAAGAGCCUGAAGUAGUUGCGCAACCACGAGAAGAACAGCAAGAAGAAGGAAAUCUGGGAAAACUCGGAGAAGAACAUGAGCAAGAACGAGAACGAGAAAAAGAACGAGAACAAGGACCUUCUGCUGCUGAAAGUGGAUUCCUUGGCCUCGAAACUGGGCCUCCAGAAAACGAGAAGUCCGACCGGCCUCAAUCGAGGUAAUUUUCGAAAAUCCCCGAAGAAAAAGAGUUUUUUCCAAAACAAACUUUAAUUUUCAGCCACGCACGAGAAGCUGAAGGUGAAGAGGAGGAAGAAAACCUGGGACAUGAAGAAGGACCUUCUUCUGUUGGGAAUGGAAGUCUUCAGCUUGGAAAAGAGUUCUUGGAGAAGAAUCAGCCGAGGUUAGUUUCAACUGAUACAUAUGAAAAGUGUGACCGUUUUUUUAAGUAAAGGGGUUUUUAAUCUUCCUUUCUUUUCCAAGUACAGUACCGUGAAAUAAGUAAGAUAUAUAGUCGAUGUUUCUUUUCCAAGUACAGUGUCCACAAGUUGAAAUUUCAUGAAACGACACUCCGCUGUUUCGGUUUGUGCGGUAGCGCGCAUCGUGCGAAUUUGCCACCCUAGGCCACGCUAAUUUUUUUGGUUUUAAUUCUAAUUUUGAUCGUUUUUUUAAUUGUUUCAUUUCUUUAAAAUGUAUUAUUAUCGUUGAAAAGGAUUGCGUUGUACAAAUGUAAGCGAAAGAACACAGUAAGUUUCAUGAUCUUCCUCGAAAAGAGCGAUAAAAAAAAGCGUUUUUGAUAAAGCCAUGUUUUAAUGUUUUCAUCGUUUUUUUUUCUGUUUGUCGCAGUUGUUAAGGGAUUUUUUCAGAAAGUGAGUGGCUUAUAAAAUGAAGAUUAAAACCAAAAAAUUAGCGUGGCCAAGGUUGGCUAAUUCGCACGAUGCGCGCUACCGCACAAACCGAAACAGCGGAGUGUCGUUCCAUGAAAUUUCAACUUGUGGCAUAUCGACUAUACAAUUUCACUUUUUUUGUCAUAACUUUUGCAGGAGUUGUCCAAUUUUUGUCAAACUUCCUACAGUUGUUUCCUGAAGAUCCAUUAUUUUAACACAAAAAAAUCAGCUGGGUAGCUUAUUGUUGUAGUUAGUUACAGCUUGAAACCUGGAAUCAACAAAAACGAAAAAAAAUUUCACAAAUUGUUUUUGGUUGAUUCACGCUAGGACAUGGUUAAUGAACACAUUUUUAUGGUUCAUUGAAGCUUUGAGCUCAUUGCUCAUUGUACGACUGUUACCCAGAUAAAAAAAAAGCUUCAAGUCCAGACGCCCUUGAUUUUUUGUGGACUCCCUCACAAAAUUGUAAAAAUGAAGAUUAAUUUUCAGGUAUGAAGCGGGUGGCGAAGAAGAAGGUGAAGAUGUACCAGAAAAAAGGGAUUCUUCCGCUAGAAAUGAGCAAGAGAAGCGCAUGGAGAACGAGAUUCAGGAAAAGCUUCCGACGAGGUGAAAAUCAGUUGUUACGGUUCUAGAGUGUACCCGUUUAAUGAGAAGAAACAAGAGAAACAUUUCAUUUUUGAAUUUCUUGUUUUCCCGAGUGAAAAUGAAGAUGAACCUUCAGGGACGGAGGAGAAGGACGUGGAGGAGAAGCCAUGGAAGAAGAGGAAGGAGUAGAAGAAGCAGUGGGAACUGGAGAAGGAGCUUCUUCUGAUGGAGAACGUUCACGUCAUGGAAACGAGCUCUUGCAGAAGGAAAGCAACGUUCCGAGGUGAAUUUCAACUUUCAGAAUCGUUUUUCGUCAAAUGGACCAAUAGAAAAAUUCAAUUUCCCGCUUCUUUUUUUCCAAGUGAGAAAGAACUUGAAUUUUCAGCGAUGAAGCAGGUGGCGAAGAUCGAGAAAGAAGAUCUUCUUUGAAUGGAAAAGACCAGCAGGGCGUUACAGAGGGCGAAGAGCAAGGAAAUCCUCAGACAAGGUCCAUUUUUGAACUUCUUUGUGAGAUAAGAUGAAGAUGAUGUUUCAGGGAGGGAGAAGAAGAAGGAGCCCAAAAUGAACCUCUUGAGCUUCAAAAUGGGCUUCCAGAGAAGAGCGGUUCGUCUCGGCUGAGGUGAAUUUCCACGGAAGCAGAAGUUAUUCAAAUUGUUAGCUUAAGGAAAAAGGAGAACUUUUAUUUUUUUAAACUUUGUUAAGUUGAGAUGAAGUUGAAUUUUUUAGCGUUGGAGACGGGGAGAAACGCCAGCAAGGAGGAGAGCAUGAAGAAGAGGUCGUUCUCGAAGACGAACAAGUGGUGGAAGGAGGAAACAGAGAAGCCGUCGAAGAACAAGGCGGCGAAGAACAACAACAACAACAACAACAAGAAAAGGAAGGAGGAGGUGUAGAAGCCGUGGGAGAAGAAGACGUCGACGAAGAAGAAGACGAACAAGAGGUGGAAGAAGGAAGUGGAGAAGCCAUGGAAAAAGAAGUCCUCGUCGCCGUCGAACAACUUCUGGAAGCCGUCGAAGAACAAGGCGGCGAAGAACAACAACAACAACAACAAGAAAAGGAAGGAGGAGGUUUAGAAGCCGUGGGAGAAGAAGACGUCGACGAAGAAGGAGACGAAGAAGAAGACGAAGAAGAGGUGGAAGGAGGAAGUGGAGAAGCCCUGGAAAAAGAAGUCCUCGUCGCCGUCGAACAACUUCUGGAAGCCGUCGAAGAACUAGAAGUCGAACAAGAAGUGCGGGCCGUCGAUGAAGUGCAAAAUCAACAACUACAACAAGGAGGGCAUGAAGAAGACGUCGACGUCGAAGCAGUGGAAGAGGAAGAAGGAGAAGCCGUCAGAAUUGAAGAAGGAGAACGACCACGGCUUGAAAAUGGGGUCCAGGCGAUCGAGAACAAUCAUCCGAGGUAAAUUUUGACUGCAUCUGCUCAAAAGUGUAUCCUUUUUUUGUUGAAAGAAUAAAAAAGAUUUUUUUCAACUUUCUCUUUGGUAGUGAGUUAAUUUUUCAGCGACGGCGCAAGAGGAGAAGAAGAGGGUCAACGAGGCGAGGCGACUGAGCUUCCUCAGAUCGGGCAGGAGCUCAUGGAGGAGGUCGAAGAGUCGGAAGCACCUCAGUCGAGGUUGGAAUACAACAGAGUCAUUUCUAAACUAGACAUAAGGGGGAAGAGUUCAUAUACAGCCUGAUUUUUUUGGUUGUCAAUCAGUUAACCCCCCUGAGGGGGAGUACCUUUUUCGCGUCGAUAAGAUAUACUAAGGAUAGUUAGAGUGGUCUUUAUGAAUUUUUAGAGUGAAAAACAGCCACCCCCCAUUGGUGGCCGAAAGAGUGGUUCCUAUAGGGGUUGAAUCAAGGUGCUCCCUAUACGGGGUUUAGGGUCUGUACUCUGAGCCUCUAAAGUUUAAGGGGUCCCUAUAGGGUUCUUUCAAUUUUAUCCAAAAAAACGCUUUUCUAUCACGAUUUUCGCAUGAGAAAGCUUCUUCGCAUAGGGUUCAUGAAUAUUAUCGACUAGGAUGUCCCCUAUAGGUACCACUUUUGCAAGCUUUAGUGGCCAUUUUAGUGUUUCUUAUAGGGUUGUUCCCUAGAAGGGCCCCUCGAAGGUUGCCCCUACAGUGAACACUCUGUAUUUUAAAGGAGCAGCAGAAAAAAAAAGCUACCAUAAAACAGCUUUUUUGCACUUUUAUUCUCCGAAACUGAAAGAAAAAAGGUCUUGAAGCGAACAAUUCGAAUUCUAUCCGACUUACGGUCUUCAAAAAACAGAAGAAGAUGGCGCGGGAUAUUCUAGAUUAAAAAAGGAAGGUCAAAAAAAGCAGCGCUAUUAAAGGACCAUCAUCUCGCGGAAUAAAACAUCGACGCGAAAGAUACCGUAUCCCCCAGGGCAGAGUUAGCUGUUCCAUGUUCGAAAUCUCAAUCUGGAGAAUCCUUUGAGUUUUCGCUGGUAGUAUGAAUUAUAAUAUAGUCCGUUUUUCACGACCUCAAAGGGGCGGGACUUCUCUGAGCCCUCUCAUUUUGAAGUGUUCUUUUCUUUCUCUGGCCGGCGAGGGAAAGAGAGACGCAGACAUUUGAAAACGACCAAGUCGCGGCGGACGGACCUUUUUUCUCUUCGAACGGAAAAUCAAGUUGAUUUUUUAGCGAUGAAGAAGGAUCGGCUCUGACUAAUAUGGUUCCCGAUGAGAUUGAACCGGAGGAAGUCGGAAAUAAAGGUCCUGUUCCGUCCCAAAGUCAUGACAAUGGGUCUCCAGUGUCGGGAUACGAGGAACUAUCCAAUUCUGGAGAGGUUCCGCCGAAAAAUCCCCUCACAAGGUUUGAUUAUUUCCCAGUUUACAUGUGAAAAAAGCUGGCGGAAAGUCUGCCGAUUAAAAAUAGUUGACAGGAGUCAUGCUUUUUGAGUUGUAAAAAAUAACGACGCAAAGGCGUGGCCAGAAAACUGCGGGCCAUUUUUAAAAAAAUCCAGGAAAAAUCUGGAUAACACUGAAAAUUUUGAUUCGAAGCUUGCAAUGGAUGGUCAUUUUACUCCCAAAUUUCACAUUUUUAUCCAUUUUUUUCUUUAACAGGUCAAGUCAAGUUCCGGCGAAUGAAGUCGUUUCUUCCCCCGCGAACUCGGUUCAUCGUUCGUGCUCGGUGUUGGUUCUUUUUUUAUUUCAAAAAAAUUUUUCCAGAAUUUUUUUGAACUUGAACGUUUUGAGAGCCAUUCCACAUGCGAAACUGCCAAAAAAAUAAAAAUAAGAAAAAAACGAUUCUUUAGGCCUAUAAAGAAAGUUUGAUCAAAAAAAAUAAUCUAGUUUCAGAGAGACGGAGCCCGCCUACAUCGAAAGUCCUGAGUGAGUUUUAUUAAUGCAGAAAAUCGAGUUUUACGAUUUAUAAAUCGAGGUUAAUCAACUAAAAGAAAAUGUAAGACCUAAAAAGACAGAUUUAAAAAAAAUUGAGAAUCACGCGUAAAUCUAUAUGUGAGCCGAAAAAUUAUCAUUGGAGCGCGAGUGUACAUCACCAUCGAUUUUUUUCAUAUUUUUAACUAAAAAAAUUUUUUUCCAACGUAUCUUUUUUUAACUUCUUCUGUUUUUGAAUUCAUAAUGCAAUAACACAUGAACAUUAAUAAAAUUAAAAAAAGGUAUUGGAUUUUUUUAAUUUUUUUCGAUAGUCAGGCUUCGAAAGUUUUGAGAAAUAGAAAGUUUUUGGACUGAGCUAUUUUUUUACAAUGUUCAUUCAAAAUCAAUUUAAUUGCAUUUUUCCAAAAAUUUAACAUGGUUUUUACAGCUUGGGGCCAGAAGAUGCCGGCAGAACGAUGUCUCCGGUUCGUUUUUUCUUCAUUUUUUUCCAUGAAAUAUGCAAUCUAUUUCAGUUUUUGUUUUAUAAAAUUGUUUUUCAGAGGGACUUUGAAAGAGAAAAACGCCAAUUGGCCACUUUCUCGCGCGAUUUGGGCUACGAGGUGAGAUUGACUUUGAAAAAAAACAAUCACAUUUAAAAAAUGUAAACGUAGUAUCAUUUUCAACCUUUUUUCUGAUCACAAAUUUUCCGCGUUUAAAAAAAGGUUCAGCGAAAUGUUAAGGGAUGUAGAGUGACUGUAGAGAUAUCCCAAGGUACCGUACUUUUUUGGUUAACGAAGUCGAUUUUUCGCACUUUUUGGUAUUUGGUUUCAAAAUUUUCGAUUUUCAGUGCCAGCCAGGACCCAGUUAUGCGUAUCCGACAAACACCGAUUUUGUUCAAAGUUAUCAAAGAUCUGUCGAUCGGAACGCCAUCGAUUUUUUCAAACAAACGGGGUCUUUCUCCACAAAUGCGGCCGGUCAGGGACUAGUGGUAAAUUUUUUUUUCUGGCAAAAAAUCGAAACGAGAGAACAGUGGUGGUCUGAAGAGACUCCAGACGACUAGAGAGAACACUUUUCUCUUGCUUUUAUUUCAAUAAUCCUUUGUUUUUGAGUCGAGAAAACCGCGGGUGAGAGACUGUAGCGACCUGAAAAGACGUCAGAGAAGCGAGAGUGUUUUUUUUUCUCUGACGUCUCUCUCGUUAAGCCUUUUCUCGAGAAGCUAAAGAAAUGAAGGUUCCUCUUUUUCUCUGGUGUCUCCUUGGAACAGCGCUAUUUUUCCUCUCUUAAAAUGAGAAAAAUGACUUCUCCUUUCGAAAAAAUAACAGUUUGAAGAGAUUCCAGAGAAGUUUCUCUUUUUCUCUGUCGUCUCUUCAGAUUGUCGUUUUUCUCUCGUUUUCAUAUUUUCAUCAACAUUUCCUUUGAAUUUUCGAAAAAAAAAGAGAAAAUCGAUGAUUUUUUCUAGAGCGGCGGUAGCUUGGCCACGGCGGCUGGUCUUCAAGAGCCGAUGGGAAAUCCUCGGCGCAGGGUACAUAUUAAUUUUUCGAACAGAGUGGUCCCUAUAGGGGUAAAUUUAAGGUGGCCCCUAUAGGAUUUCAGCCCCUAAAGCUCAAGUGGGCCCUAAAGGAGUCUUUCAAUUUCAUUCAAAAAACGAUAAUUCAUUCAGUUUUCCCCAUGGAAACGCUUCUUCGCUUAAAGUUCAUAAUAGUUAAGCACGUCCCCUAUAGGGGCCACUAACUAAAAACCCUAUAGCAACCACUUUUGCAAGCUUUAGCGGACCUUAUAGAGGUUGAUACAGUGGUCCAUAAAGAUGCCCCUAAAGGGACCACUCUGGAGUUCCUAAAGUUGCUUUUUUCUGAGCUUUUUCAAAUUUUUUGGAUUCACAAAGUUCUUAAUUACCUCUGUACAAAAUUUCAUCAAAUUCCAAAAAUUCCACCUUUUGCACUUCAAUCGGGAGAACGGUGGGCGUCACAAGAGACGUUAGACGACGAGAGCAACUGUUUUUCUGCCGUCUCUUGAGACCAUCUGUUCUCUUCUUGAAUUGGGAAAAAGUCCAUCGAAUUCAGUUUUUUUUCACAUACAACUCGAAAACGGCAAAAAAAAAUGAUUGGAUCCAAAAAUAGUUUUUCCUCUCAGAAAUCGACCCCGAGGAAAUUGAUAAGCAAUAAUUUCGAUAUCGAUUUUCUGAUGACUAAUCACUCGGUGGAAGAGCAGGCCCAAGAAAGAGUCCCAGAAACAUCGGUACUUCUUUGACUUUUUCAAAAAGCAACACUUUGAUUUUUGAAAAUUCGUGAAGGUUUUGAAACCCCCUCCACGGUCCCCAGGGCCGUAAAAGUUUUUCCAAGGUUAGAGGAUCCUUACUUAGGAGCUCCAGAGUGAUCCCUAUAGGGCUUAGGGGGAAAUAAAAGCUUAUUUCUUCAGUUUUUCCUGUGGAAUUGCUUCUUCGCUCACCAGUUAGAGUUCAUAACAUGUCCCCUAUAAGGGCCGCCAACUGAAACCCCUAUAGGGACCACUUUUGAAGCUUUAGGGAUCCCUAUAGGGGCUGGUAAAGUGGUCCCUAUAAGGAUUAUUGAAAAAAAAACACCUGUAGGCGCCGAAAAGUGGUCUUUAUAGGGGUAAAAUCAAGGUGGUCCCUAUAGGGUCUUAGGGUCUGACUCCUUAGCCCCUAAAGCUCAAGUAGACCCUACAGGGGUCUUUCAAUUUCUAUUCAAAAAGUGUUUUCACUAUAAAAGGCUUUUCCGCUUAGAGUAGAUAUCAAUUAUCGACUAGUAUUUCUCCUAUAGGGAUCACUUUUGAAGCUUUAGGGAUCCCUAUAUGGGUUGGUGAAUUGGUCCCUAUAAGGAUUAGGGAAAACCCUAUAGUCUUAACAAUUAUUGACUAGCAUGUCCCCUAUAGGGACCACUUUUGUAAGCUCAGUUUAUAGACCUGUCAAGGCCGGCCGCGCAGCUCUGCUUUUCCAAACUGAGCCUAAGGAUAAUAAUAAAACAGACACAGUAGCUGAUUUUUCUGACAAUUUGUAUCAUUAAAAAAUUGAUCUUUCUUCAGACUCCUCAAGUCGUGAAGAUGAAGGAUGGCGUUGCUGUUUUGGCUCAGCCCAGGAAGCAAAGAAACCAGCCGGUAUGUUUAGAGGUCUUUUGGCGUUGGUCGCACUGAGGAAGUCGGAAAAAAAUACUACUAGAAAUGUCACAAUCGCGAUCUUUUUUGAGUAGGAAGUAUAAAAAUUCAACUUGCGCAGUGUUGCGUCCAGCCAUUCCAAACGCGGGAGGUCAUUUCACAUGACGGUUUGGAAUCUUCUACAAAUUUGCUCAAACGAUCUCUGAAGGUUUCUUUGACGACCCAUCCAAGUCGCAACCUGCCCCAGCUUCUAGCUUUCGAGAUAAUGAUUUUUGAAGUUUGAAAAAUUAGGCUUAAAAGUUCGAAUCAAAAAAAAAAAAAAAAUCAAAAUGACCUUCCUUGUUAGAUUUUUCAACAGUGUCGUAAGAAAAUUGUAACAAUUAUGAGUGAUCAGAGCGAAAUGGUAGCUAUUUUCAUCGGAGAUUUAUUUUAUACGACGACUUUUUCACUGACCAGAAAACGUUUUUUUCUUCAUGAGUCAGAAAAAUCAUUUUUUCUUAUGGAUUUCCGACCGCACCGGGAAUGGCAUAACGCAUUGUGGUAGCGCUGCGUUUUGAGUUCCAAGGCUUGUCUUUAGAUACCAAUGAGCGUAAGCCGAUUUUUGGUCGGCCCCAAGUUAAAAAUAUCCUUCGAGCCAUUCCCCAUUGAUUGUAAUAUUACUUUUAAGCCCCGGGCGGUACCGUUAACUUUGGACCAAGCCAGCUCCUCAGGCGCUUCCAGCUCCCGGCAGCCCGAAAGUGUCGCUUCUCUCGACGACAUGCCCGGAGGAUCGGGCACCUUCUUCAAUCAUGUGGCCAAGGUUGAGAACUUUACUUUUGAAACAGUCCGACCCGUCUGCGCUCUCUUUUCCCUCGUCGACUUUAGAAAAAGAAGGUCUUGUCGGAUAGUCGUUUCCGCGUGUCUGCGUCUCUCUGUUCCCUCACCACCUAGGUUGGAAAAAAAUGAAAAUAGCAUGCUAAGAUGAGAGGGUCGCAGAGAAGUUACGCACUUUCAAAUCGCGAAAAACGGACUGUAACACAUUGACAUCGAAAAGAAGAUCAGUUUUUAACUUUUUUUUUAAAUUAUUGAAGAUCUUUGAGCUCGAAAUGGUUUAGGUCUACAUAGUCUUGAGUGCGGAUGAUUUCAAAGUUCCAAAAAAAAAUCAAAUAAAUCUUUUUUGAGUGAACUAUAGGUCAGGCUUUUCCCUGAAAGUAGAAAGAACUUUAAGGAACUUAAAACCAGAUUUUUGAAAAAAAAAAUGUGUCAAAAACAAACAUGACAUGAGUCAGAUUGAUUGUAAUAUUACUUUUAAGCCCUGGGACGGUACCGUUGGCUUUGGACCAAGCCAGCUCAUCGGGCGCUUCCAGCUCCCGGCAGCCCCAGAUCGUCGCUUCUCCCGACGACAUGCCCGGAGGAUCGGGCAGAUUCUUCGAUCCGGUGCAACAGGUUGAGAACUUUCCUUUUGAAACAGUCCGACCCGUCUGCGCUUUCUUUUUCCCUCGCCGACUUUAGAAAAAAAGAGAGUCUUGUCGGAUGCGCUAUAGUCGUUUUUCGCGUGUCUGCGUCUCUCUGUUCCCUCACCACCUAGGUUAGAGAAAAAAAUAGCAUGGUAAAAAUGAGAGGGUCGCAGAGAAGUUACGCACUUUCAAGUCAAGAAAAAAACGGACUAUAACACAUUGACAUUGAAAAAGACGAUCGGUUUUUUUGAAGUUUUUUUAAAUUAUUGAAGAUCUUUGAGCUCGAAAUGGUUUAGGUCUACAUAUUCUUGAGUGCUGAUGAUUUUCAAAAUUCUAAAAAAAAUCAAAUAAAACUUUUUUUGUGAAUUUUUAAGGUCAGGCUUUUUCCCUGAAAGUAGAAAAGAACUUUUAAGGAACUUAAAAAAAGCAGAUUUUUUUGAAAAAUGUGUCAAAAAAACAAACAUGACAUGAGUCAGAUUGAUUGUAAUAUUACUUUUAAGCCCUGGACGGUACCGUUGGCUUUGGACCAAGCCAGCUCCUCGGGCGCUUCCAGCUCCCGGCAGCCCCAGAUCGUCGCUUCUCCCGACGACAUGCCCGGAGGAUCGGGCAGAUUCUUCGAUCCGGUGCAACAGGUUGAGAACUUUCCUUUUGAAACAGUCCGACCCGUCUGCGCUUUCUUUUCCCUCGCCGACUUUAGAAAAAGAGAGUCUUGUCGGAUGCGCUAUAGUCGUUUUCGCGUGUCUGCGUCUCUCUGUUCCCUCACCACCUAGGUUAUAGAAAAAAAAAUAGCAUGGUAAAAUGAGAGGGUCGCAGAGAAGUUACGCACUUUCAAGUCAAGAAAAACGGACUAUAACACAUUGACAUUGAAAAGACGAUCGGUUUUUGAAGUUUUUUAAAUUAUUGAAGAUCUUUGAGCUCGAAAUGGUUUAGGUCUACAUAUUCUUGAGUGCUGAUGAUUUCAAAAUUCUAAAAAAAUCAAAUAAAACUUUUUGUGUGAAUUUUAAGGUCAGGCUUUUCCCUGAAAGUAAAAAGAACUUUAAGGAACUUAAAAAGCAGAUUUUUGAAAAAAAAAAUGUGUCAAAAACAAACAUGACAUGAGUCAGAUUGAUUGUAAUAUUACUUUUAAGCCCUGGGCGGUACCGUUGGCUUUGGACCAAGCCAGCUCAUCGGGCGCUUCCAGCUCCCGGCAGCCCCAGAUCGUCGCUUCUCCCGACGACAUGCCCGGAGGAUCGGGCAGAUUCUUCGAUCCGGUGCAACAGGUUGAGAACUUUCCUUUUGAAACAGUCCGACCCGUCUGCGCUUUCUUUUCCCUCGCCGACUUUAGAAAAAGAGAGUCUUGUCGGAUGCGCUAUAGUCGUUUUCGCGUGUCUGCGUCUCUCUGUUCCCUCACCACCUAGGUUAUAGAAAAAUGAAAAUAGCAUGGUAACGUGAGAGGGUCGAAAAAUCGCAAAAAACGGACUUUAACACAUUGACAUUGAAAUUGAACAUUUUUAAAAUUUUUGCCGAUCUUUGAGCUCGAAAUGGUUUAGUCUACAUAUACUUGAUUGCGGAUGAUUUCAAAGUUUCAAAAAAAUCAAAUAAAACUUUUUUGGGUGAACUUUAGGUCAGGCUUUUCCCUGAAAGAAGAAACUUUUUCGAAAAUGUUUAACUGAGAAAAAAAAUUUUUUUUAUAGAUGAAAUAUACGUGUAUUUUAUCAACUGUGAUAUCUAUUGUAUUCCCUAUCCGGUGAAGUCACUCGUGAGGGUGACCUAAAACCGGUUCUUAACCUUAUUUAUUCUUUUCACUUUGUGGGUGAGUAAAUUAUUAUUAUGAACGUAUGGUUUCUUGCCAGUACGUACUUUCAACACCUUGAAAAACGUUUUCUUGAUAGUACGUACUUUCAACACCUUGAAAAACGUUCAAAAGCUUGAAAACUUGAAAAAAUCGCGAUCUUAAAAAUCUCUAAAUCUACAAAUCUUUCCAAAAUUUUGUGGUUUAGUGCUCACUUUUCAGGCGAUCGCUCUGUUGCAGCCAAAUGGGGGAUUGUACCAGCCUGGCCCAGCAGAAGAGACAGCUCCGAAUUGGAGUUUCGCCGUAAGUGUUUCGAAAAAAAAUGCAUUUGUCAAUGACUAGAGUGGUCCCUAUAAGGGUGACGUUAGGGACUCUUGGUGAAUUCCCUCAAGGGCCACUUCACCAGCCCCUAUAGGGGUCCCUAGAGCUUGCAAAAGUGGUAUACCACCUCAAGGGGUUCCAGUUAGUGGUCCCUAUAUGGGCGUGCUGAACUCUGUGCAAAGAAACAUUUACAUGAGAAAAAUUAAAUAAGCGUUUUAAAAAUUGAAUUGAAAGACCCCUAUAGGGACCACUUAAGCUUUAGGGGCUAAGGGAUCGGACCCUAUAACCCUAUAAGGACCACCCAGAUUUUACCCCUAUAGGGACCACUUUUUCGGUCUAAAUAGGGACUGUUUUCCCCAUACCUCAUAGGGACCACCUUAAUUUUACCCCAAUAGGGAUUUUUUCCCCCCUAACCCCUAUAGGGACCACUUUGGAGUUUCUUAGUGCAUCAUUUUACAAGGUAAACUUGGAGAGAUCAGACACGUACUCUCCUCGUUCUACACGCUGUCUGAGGGCCUCUGCCGAUCUCUUUUAACUUGGCAUGCUAUCGCACAGGUCCUUAGACAGUGUGUAGAACGAGGAGAGUACCAGACUGCUCUCUUCAAGUUCAGCGUGCUCUCUAAGUUGAUGCUUUCCUAAGGAGUAAAAAAACUUUGGCUAACGUUUUAAUCAUCAGAAAAAAAUUGAAUCUUAUUCUUCUCAUCAUUUUUUUUCAAAAUGCUCUUUCAGAGGGAGUCCACACGGAACGGGUUGUUUUAUUACGAACUGCCUCCCUCUGCUCAGAAGACGAAAAAGCUGGAAGGACCUGAUGAUCAAAGAAAAAGACGCCAGAGGGUCAGUUUUUCUCCCGUUUCUCGCACCGGGAAUGAAUCGAGGCGCGUGACGGCUGCGAAGCGGUUUUCUAGGCGCAUUUUUGAGAUUGAGGAUUUAAUUUUCAUUCAUUUUAAAACGGCGUGUUGUGGCAUUUGUAGUGUUUUUACUGACGCAUAGUCAAAAUUACGGAACUGUGAAUAAAAUCACAUAAAUAAGCCAGAGACGUCGAACAAGAGGAUACUGGUUCCCUCCAGGAGUCAAAAGAGACCGUCCGUUAUUAACGUGAUUGGUUCGCUCCCUAGAAGGAAAAAACCCCGUUCCUCAACGUCUCUCGCAUGUUUCAAAUAUUUUGAGCCCCCCCGUACCACUCUAAAAGCGGUGACUCAGAAGGUGAACAAAAAAAGAAUUCUCUGAGUUUUAUUCUGGCAAAAGUUUCUUUUCGUGUUUCUCAUAAAAAAGUGAAUAGUAGUGGACGUUUUGAGAAUCGAAAAACCGAAGAAAAUCAAAUUUUGUGCACAUUUUUGAAAGGCUUUUUCUCAGUACCCUAUGGCUUUGCAGUUAAUUUUUUUCGGAUAUCUGAGACUACCUAGCGCAGAAGUUUGAAGCAUAUCAUGGAUAUCACCCCGGGAUGCUACCCCCUCAAACUGCGGCCUACCCCCCAAAAAAAGUGCGGCCUACCCCCCUGUCAGAAUUGAGCAGCGGCCAGUCACACCACGUUUCAUUCACUUUUUCUCUGCAAAAUGUUUUUUUGUCGCAUUUUAUAUUUUUUUCCUUGUAUAUAGCCUGUGUACCACGACUUGGAAUUUCACCAAACGACAUUCCGCUGUGCCGCUGCGCGCUUUAAAUUUUUUUUUCUUUUAUUAAGGUACUCUACUUUCAUGUGCUCCCACAGCAAUAACAAUCAAUCGAAAGCGUGACCUAGAUUCAAAAGACGCUUCGCGAACGCACGCACCGGAACAGCGGAAUGUCGUUCCGUGAAAUUCCAAGACGUGGCACACAGACUAUAUUUCAUGUACAGGGUUGGGCAUCAAUAUUGCAAAAUUCCGUUACUCUCAAGUGGAACGGAUUCAGACAAGAUUGUCUGAUAUUUUUUAUCGGCGAAGUAUCCCAGUUAGCACAUAUAAUUCAACUUUCGCUCCGGCUUUCAUUGGCCUCACUGAGCGCCUUGACUCUCUCGAAAAAGUAUUCGACCCUUGGACACAGAUCGAUCUUGUCAUCCAUUCUUGAUGAUGGAGACCAUCAGCAGGUCUCGGUUAAAAUAGAGUUUCGUCCAGGCCUUCGACUUCAAAUAUAAAUACGCAGAAUUGUCAAUGGGUUUGAAUCUGUUGAGUAGCCGGCCCAUUCCUUGACCGUGUUGAAAUCGGGCAGAUUGGACUCGCACUAGUCUUGCUCAGCUCGGGGCUUGCAGCUUGACCUAAUAUCUUGCUGGAGGAACCAGCGACGGUUCGCAAAGUGGAAAACAAAAAAAAAACAGAUUGAAGUUCCAUUGGCAAAAAAGAAAGUUGGGAUUAGUCCGUGAAAUAUUUAUGCCCGCCCCUGUACAUAUGAAUCUUGAUCUAUUGCCCUUCACAAUGCAGAUUUUUUCUUUUUUUAAUUUCUAAGAAUUCAAAGUUUUCAGGUGAAGAAGUUCGCUUGCCUCAUCUGCCAAAAACCCUAUGUCGAUCCCACGAGAAUCGACCAACACUCGGAAAAAGCCCAUAAAGUGGUCAGUUUUUUUUUAUUAAAAGCAAAAAAAACGGUUUUUGGCGCGUCAGCAUUGCCGGUUCAUCCUCCGAAAUUCUCUCUCGAAGAAAAAAGCUUUUUUUGGGCUACUCCAAUUUAUUUCUCAAUAGAGCAGCUUCUGUUAUUAUUUCGUAGAGAAUUUCGGAUGAAUCUUGAAAACUUCUGAUUUUAUAGGCAAAGUCGGGAAGGGUGGAAAAAGGUUCCAUAGAAAUGUUCCCUUUUGCUGCCUUUUUGCGCCAUUUUAUCGGCUUUUGUGCAACAUUUUUGCUGCCUUUCCAUUUUUCCAUCAUUUUCUGGGCCCUUAAAAUUCCUGAAAAAAAAUGGAAGGCUCUUUUUGCUGCCUUUCUGCGGCCUUUUUUGAGCCUCUCUUUUUUAGUGGCUAUUAUUCACCUUUCCGACUUUACCUUAGUAAAAAGGUUUCAUAUUUCUGACUUUUAAUCAUCCUAACUUGUUAUUUUUAAGUUUUGGGAAAAAACAUUGUACUGUUAGCUUCUUGCGAUUUUUAAUUUUCUUUUUUUCUCUGACAUGUCUGCGCUCUCUCCUCCCUCAAUACAGUCUGUUCGGACUUCAAAUGUCAAGUCCUCACUGAAGCUCCGCCCCCUAAAGGCGCGAUUAACCAAUCAGAGGGCGAACCAUCCACAGAGCGUUUUCGAAUGACGUCAUUCUACUUGACAUUCAAAAUCUGAACAGACUGUAGUGUGAGAGAGAAGAGAGCGCUGAGAAAGAGACGGUUUCAAGAGUUGGAAUGCGCUAUAGCUUAUUCACGGCUAGUUUGGGACGCAAAAAGGCGGGGCCUGUCUGCGCUCUCCACUAAACAGGCUUGUCUCUCUUCUUAUCAUGUCAGGACCCUUUUUUCGAUGGCUCAAGCCAGCCGUGAACCAACUCCACACAACAUUGGAACCAUCUUCGAUUUAAACUUUUAUUUGACGUGAAUAUUUUUAUUCUGAAUCUUCUAGACGGAUCUCUCCUCGUUGCUCGGCGCUUUUUAUGAUAAUCAAGGGAUGAUCAACCGCAUUUCGGACGCCGUUACUCAGCAGGCGGCGACAGCAGGAUUCGACAACGUGGUAUGCUAGAAACCGACAGAAAAUUGAAUAAGUUAAAAGUAACUCGGACGACAAUUUAUUAUAAGUUAAUUAGGAUAAACAAGUUUGCACAUUUAUAGAAGUUAGGAAGAAGUUGAGAAUAUCUUAUCAGCGUACGAUUGUUGAAUGCACGAAAAGAACUUACUGUGCGAAAGAUCUCGAAUGAACUCGAGUCUAUACGGGAACGCGAGCGAAAAAACCGCAAAAAAAAGUAUAGGACGAAAUAGUGCGUGAGAAAUAGAGAGUUUAGAGAAGCAAAGUGAACUUUGAACCUUGAAACUUGUGAUGUGAGCCGAGAUAACAAGGUUUUGAAAAUUUUGAAACUACCACUCUGCGCGUCAGAUAAAAUGUAUUGUCUGUGGCUCACCGUGGUGUAGUUCUCCUUUUAAAUUCAUGUGGAACCUUCUAAUUAGUAUAAUUUUUUUGAAUUUUUGGAGAAAAAGCUGAGAAUUUGUACCAAACGAGGAUCGAAAAUUGGUAAAUUUGAGAGUUUCAGGCUUUGUUUUAUAAUUACAUAUAAAUAAAUUGUACCAUGGAAAUCCGGUAACGCAAACCGGACGUGCCCCGGACGCUUCUGAGAUUUUGUAGGGGACAGUUAAAAGCACUGACGCCGCUAACUAGGGGUCUCAGAAACGUCCAGGGCGCGUCCGGUUUGCGUUACUGUUGCAAAUUUCUCGACAUCGCAUUUUUUAAAACGAAUAUAUAUUUCCUACAAGUAGAAUAACGCAAACUGGACGCGCCCCGGACGUUUCUGGGCUUUUGUAGGGAACACUUAAAAGCACUGACGCCGCUAAAGGGAUCGCUAGGGGUCUCAGAAAAGUCCAGUGCGCGUUUGGUUUGAGAAUCGUUUUUCUUAAAACGAUUAUAUUUCCUCCAGAUUGAAUGUUGAAGAAAUAAAUCCUUGCUUCCAGGCUCCUUUGGCGUACUUACCAAUCGCUCCAUACCUCCCUCAAAUCUUCCCUCCAAAUUUUUAG